UCGGCUCUAGUCAUUAGCACGUUAGAUUGUUCGUCACAGUAAGGAUCAUGUUGCGGUACGUGUGAUGUGAUUCACUCAUGGGACCGACGAUUGACCAGUCAACCACGGCGACCCCAUCAGCUCAGCGCUCACACGAAGUUGCAAUGUUAGUAGGAGGUAGAAGACAACGUGGAAUAAAACACCGUCUACCGAACGCCUGGUAAAGCGCGUUUUGAUGCAUAGUAGGCCUUYGGUUAAGGGUUUCUUUUGUACUAACCCUUGAGAUUAUAGUGCCAAUUACUCAACACUUCCAACCAAUCACGUUUCGUCUCAUACACUCUUAAAGAAGUCAUAAUCAAUCCAAGGUGACACGAUAAGAAGGUCUUCUCUAAAACAUGACUACAGUUCGCAGAUGGAGCGAACGAGGAUAGAGAUCAUAACAAGUUUGAGUUUAAUUCUCUGGUCUUACGAACCGAUGGACGUAUGGCUUGGGUUUCUCUACUAUGUCUGCUUGUCUUAACAAAAGUAACGAUAUGUCUAUGCCAAGAAAGAACCACUUCGGAGAAGUGUUCAGAUACAAUGUCGGUGAAGAACCUCAAUUCGUUUCUGUGGAUGGUCAAGCGAUCACCCCCGGCAUAUUUCUUUGGAACAAUUCACGUUCCAUACACUAGAGUUUGGGACUACAUACCCCAGAACAGCAAGGAGGCUUUUCAAAACAGCCAAAAUGUGUAUUUCGAACUUGAUCUCACAGACCCAAAUACAAUGAGAGCUCUCAUGAAAUGUCAGUUGUUGCCGAAGGGAAGACGGCUACAACAAACCAUUCCUCACAAAAUGUUCAAACGCUUGAAAUCUCACUUGAGAUAUAUCAAAAAAAAGCUUCCUCGCUGGCUGCAAAGUAAAGACAGUCGAUUUACUGGAGUUCGAGCAGCUAAACCAUAUGCGAACAAGCUAUACGAACUGUUGACCAAAGACUGGCAAAGAAAACGACCCAUAUGGGUUAUGUUGAUGUUGAACUCGCUGUCUGAGAGCGAUAUCAAAAAUCGCGGAAUUCCAGUUCUUGAUCAGUAUUUAGCGCUUCAGGCCUCAAGAAAUGAGAAGCUCGUUCGCGCAGUCGAAGAAGUCCACGAGCAGUGCAAUCCGUUAAACUCGCUCAACUCGUCUCAGGUCAUUUUUGCACUGAACCAGUCACUUCGCUUCCAAGAACGACUUCGCAGAGGACAGGCCCACCUGACCUACUCGACGGACGAUUUAAUCGACCAUUAUAACUGCGGUGAUCUUAAAACAGUUUUAUUCAGCACACAAUCGACACAGAUAUCACCACUAAGUAGCAACUCCACACGUGACCACAACGACCAAAGAAAAGCUAAAGCCAUUGACAAAUACUUCAAGAGCGAGCUUAUUUAUCAACGGAAUAUUCGCAUGGCUCGAAGGGUGGUCGGAUUACUGAGGAAUCAUCCUGAGAAAGACUUCUUUUUUGCAUUUGGCGCAGGUAUAAGCAAUAAAUUUGUCAAUCAGACGUUCAUAAUAAGAUACUUUAAAAAAAAGAUCCCUACACAACUAAGACCUUAAAAACGACGGGUACAC